AGGUAUAAUAUACAUACGAGCUUAGUUGAAGAUCAAAAGACAAUCGUCGUCUUUACAUACGAGGCAAUAUCCGGAAUAUCACAAGUUUGGAAAUUUAUCUAUGACGUUAAACUGUGGAUAUGGCAAAGAUUGCCACAGCCAGACGAUUACCCUGAUUCUAUAGAACUAUCAACCUACACUUUCAAGGAGAACUAUCUCACAUUAGUCCAACCAUUUAUAGAUGAACUUGAACAAGUUUCCUCGAGUUCAUAUAUUUGGAACUUAGAUCUAAGAAGCAUGGAGUGGUCGAAAAAAGAGGUUUUCAGUACUAUUCUGGAUAUGGCAAAGGACGGAUACGAAGCUAGCUCCUGGUUUGAUAGCUGUUGUUUUGUAGCACUUCGCAAUCAAAACGAUAAAAAAAUUAUGCAAGCGUGGAUCUAUAAUGAUACUGACAACGAAAUAAGAUUAUUGGAAUUGCCUUCAAUAAUUCCUCGCUCUUUGAUGUCAUUUGUUUCAGUUAAUAAAACUUCUGCCAUUCUUUUUGGUGGAAGAAAUUCUAAUUCAGUCUUAAAUGCUACAUUUGAUGACGCAUGGAUAAUUCAACUUCAACCAAUGUUUAAGUGGAAACAAGCGGACGGAGACGUAGCUCAUUCUGUUCGACCUAGCGCUCGUUUUAAUCACGCAGCGACUGUAAUGCAGUCUAAAAUGUAUGUAUUUGGCGGAAUGAAUGCUUCCGAAGAAUGUCUAAAUGAUGUUUGGGUAUUCGAUGUUAACACAGAGAGAUGGUCAGAACUGACAGCUGACAAUAUAGGACCUAAUUUCUCAAACAGUUCAGAAUGCUAUUGUUCUGCCGCUUCAACACCAGGUCAACUGCUAAUCACUGUAGAAAGUAUAGACCUAGACACAAGUAGCGGUUUCGCAUACAAUAUAGAGAGAUUUCAAACGUGGCUGUUCAUUGUACAGGCCAAAACGUGGCAUCUUAUAGCGGAAACCAAAUUUGUAGACAUUUCAAAACACAAAACUUCUUUACCAAAAUCUUUCUUUUGGAGAGGAUUUCUUCUCAUGCUUGACACAUUAAAAAGAAGGAUCUUUUAUUUAACAGUCAGAUGUCCAGCUGGAUUUACCUCAUCUAACAUAUCAGAGAUAUCUUGUCAUUUUUGUAAAAAGGGAUAUUACAGAGAGACGAUAGCUUCUGAUCCAGAAUGCGUUCAAUGUCCUAAUGGUGUAACAACAAUUAGCACAGGAGCUAGAAAUAUUGAAGAAUGCAGCAUGUGCAGUAUAGAUCGCUGCAAAUAUGGCAAGUGUGUACCAGAUUUCAACGAAGGAAGUAUGAGACCGGCCUGUCAAUGCUUCGUUGGAUUUACCGGUUCUACAUGCCAAUAUCCUACCUAUUGGUUGAUAGGAGCAGGAAUUAUUCUAGUCGUGGCAUUAGUUUCAUCUGGUGCAACAGCUUAUCUCUUACUGCUCAACAGAAAAAGAAAGAACGAACGUGCUUUGCAAAAUGAAGUGACAGUGUUGACGAACGUAUGGGAAAUAGAUGAAGAUGAAGUGAUGACUGGAGAACUAAUUGGAUCUGGAGCUUCUGGAUCCGUUUACAAAGCUUUCUACAGAAAUAUCACUGUAGCUGUAAAGAAGAUGGUGGCUGUAGGUUUUUCCAAAUCUGUAGAAGACUUCGAAACGGAGAUAAUGUUUAUGAGAACUGUAAGACACAAGAAUAUCGUUCUCUUUAUUGGUGCGGGAAAGUUACAACCUGGAGACGUUCCUUUCCUUGUCAUGGAAUACAUGGAACGUGGAUCUUUAAGAAAUGUACUAUACGAUUUAUCGAUUGAUAUCAACUGUAAGCGUAAGAUAAAAUUUGCCAUGGAUUCAGCAAGAGGUAUGUAUUUUCUUCACACGUUAGAACCGCCUCGAAUACAUCGAGAUCUGAAAAGCGAUAAUCUACUUGUAAGCAAAGACUGGAUUGUUAAAGUGGCUGAUUUCGGUUUAGGGAGAACCGUCAACGGUAACUUUAAACGAAACGAUAAACAGCGGAUUAGACGCCAGAUUGGCUCAAAUCCCCAGCAUAUUUCUCUGCUUCACAAGCGAGAAGGUUUAUCUUUCGCCGGUGUUGGAACUGCAAGAUGGCGAGCUCCAGAAUUUACUCUUCGAGAGCCAUACGGUACCGCAGUUGACGUUUACAGUUUUGGAAUUGUGUUGUGGGAAAUCUGGACAAGACAGCUUCCAUUCGAUCAAUACAGUUUCGAUUACGAAGUGACCGACGCUGUGGUUGCAAAGCAAAGACCUGUAAUUCCUCAAGAUUGUCCACAGCCGUUAGCAAGCAUUAUGAAAUACUGUUGGUCACCCAGACCAUCAGACAGACUUUCAUUCAGUCAAAUUAUUUCGCAACUUAAAUGUCUAUAGAAAUGAACAUGUAGAUUAUUGUAUUGCAGUUAGGAGCAGAAUACUUUUGCUGCCAUUAGUCAACUUCAUGAAAGUAGUGUAUCUUAGUGUAUCAUUAAAAACGGCAAUAAUUAUAUUUGUUUUGAAUUUGGA